AUGACCCGCGUCCUCCUCACCGGCGGCUCCGGCUUUAUCGCCGCCCACGUGCUGGACAUCCUCCUCCAACGCGGCCACUCCGUCGUCACCACCGUCCGCACGCAAGAAAAAGCCAACAAGAUCCGCGAAGCGCACCCCAAAGCCAGCGAAAAGGACCUCUCUUUCGCCAUCGUCGAGGACAUUGCGCAAGAAGGCGCCUUCGACAAGGCAGUCGUCAGCGACCCGCCGUUUGAGGUGGUGAUCCACACUGCCUCGCCUUUCCAUUUCAAUGUCACGGAUGUGCAGAAAGAUCUUCUAGACCCGGCGAUCAUUGGGACCACGGGCGUGUUAAAGAGUAUAAAGAAGAGCGCUCCCAGCGUGAAGCGAGUAGUCGUCACGAGCAGCUUCGCCAGCAUCAUCAACCCUGAAAAGGGCAGCUGGCCGGAACAUACCUACACCGAAGCGGACUGGAACCCGGUCACGCAGGAACAAGCAAAGCAGGACGCCGCGACCGGGUAUCGCGCGAGCAAGACCUUCGCCGAGCGCGCGGCAUGGGACUUCGUGGAGCAGGAGAAGCCGAACUUCACGCUCGCGACCCUGUGUCCGCCGCUCGUGUUAGGGCCGAUCGUGCACUACUUGAACAGCUUGGACGCUCUCAAUACAUCCAACCAGCGCAUUCGCGAUACGAUCCAGGGCAAGUUCAAAGAUGACUACCCGCCUGGCGGACCGUACAUCUGGGUGGACGUGCGCGAUCUUGCGGACCAGCACGUCAAGGCUGCCGAAGAGCAAGGGGCGGGCAACCAGCGAUUCUUUGUUACGGAGGGGUAUUUCAAUGGCAAGUUGAUCGUGGACGCCGUGAGGAAGAAUUUCCCGGAGUACAAGGACAACUUGCCAAAGGAGGAUUUGCAGGGCGGUGGGUUCCCCGAGGGGGGCGUGUAUAAGCCGGAUAACAGCAGGAGUAAGAAGGUGCUUGGGGCGAAGUAUAGGAGUUUGGAGGAGAGCAUUGUGGAUACUGUGAAGAGCUUGAAGGCUGUUGGUGCGUAG